GUUCCUAGAAAGUGAUGAGGCAAUUGUUUUGUCUCGGAUUGUGUGAAGCCACUCACCACUUGAUAUGGUCCUCAAUUUGAGUUUUGGGGACAAAACUCAUUUUUAGGAGGGGUGAGUGUAAUAUCCCAAAUUUUUGGGAAUAUUUAAGUGUAAGUUAGGGACUAAAUUGUGGAAAAAUAUUGUUUUGGGCUUAAUAGCCAACAUUCCCAAAGUUGAGGGACUUAAAGAGGGAAAAAUUUUGGAUAAGGAUGACUUCUUUUCUUUUCUCCUUUUUCUUUCUUUCUUUUCUUCUUCUUCCCCGCGUGUUCUGCUCUGUCUUCCCGCUGCAGCCGCCCGAAGGAAAAAGAAAGGGAACCCAGCCAUGCUUGAGAAACUAGUGAGAAAGCUUGAUUUUUCCCUUCUUUUCUUGUCCAAGAACCUGAUUUGGAACCCAGAAAUCUCUCCCCCUUUGCUGGAAAAGCCGGAUCUGCCCUGCUCUGCUUUGUCCUUCCGCCGGCUGCUCUUGAUUAUGGGUGAUUUUUGGGCAUUUUUUUCGUUCCCGUGAAUUUCUCCCCUGCAUUGCCGCCGGCCUCUUCCCCAACUGCAGCUCCGGUUUUAGCUGGAAAAUUCUGGUAUGUGACAGCCUUUUAAGGCUUAAAUUGUCCAUUUAGUUUGCUGCCGUGUGAUGUCCAAAUUUGGCUAAAAAUUGGGGAUAAUUCCGGUAGCUUUAGGACCAUGAUUAAGCACUAAUUCAAGUGGGAUUUAUGUGAUUGAGUGUUAAUUGCUUGUUGUGAUUUUUGGAGAGAAAAUCCCGUGAGAUUAGCUAGUGUUUUGGCCAAUUUGUGAAAGUCGGGGUUACUGUUAACGUCGGGGUCACUGUUCACCGGCACUGUUCACCGGCACUGUUCACCGGUUACUGUUCACACCCCGAGGGCCAACAUUUAACGGGAAUUUAAAUGAUUAGUUGGUGAUAUAAGAACGAAUUUGGAGAUAUUUGAUUAUGUGGAGAUUGAUAGGAAAUAGCAUUGUGAUCAGGAGUGAUCCUAAUGAUGAUUUCAGUUUGAAUGUGUGAUAGUCCGAUAUUAAUUCUGAGGUGUUUUGAUUAGGUUCCCGAUCGUUCUGCCAGUUAGCAUCGAGAUUGAGUGCUCGGUUUUAUGCGAGUGAGGUAAGUAAAUUUAUGGUAAUGCCCGUACUGUUUUAUAAGCAUGUUUUGAUUUGUUUUUGAAGUGGUGGCGGGACUAAACCCGUUUUACACGAGUAUAACUGAUUUGAAAUGAUAUUUUUAUGCUUUUCAUGAAGUUGAGCAUGCCUACUUGAAAUUUGAGUGACUGUCCUGAUGAUCUGAAAGUG